UUCAACGAGCAGCACUACUUUUCCAAAAAAUAAAAAUAAAUUGAAAACUUGUUAUUAAAUAAAUAUUAAUUAUAAAAUAAAUACAAAUUUCCAUUAAAUAUAAAUAUUUUGAAAAACCAGUAAUAUUCAAAAUAAAGAUUAACCAAAUAUUCAUCUCAAAACGCACAACAUUCGAAAUCAAAGAAGUGAUAUGACGAUUGCCUGAUUUUUGUUUCGUGAUUAAUAUUCUAAAAGGAAAUUUCCUUAAAUUAUUGUUUUUAUUAGUUUAAAAUAAAAUAAGCAAAAUGUUGUUGAGAAAUUUAAAAUCCAUAUUAUUUAAAGUUCUAUGCUGUUUCUUUGUGCUUUAUCCAAAUGGUGCCAACUUAGUGCCUGGUGAAAAAAUCAAUUACAACUUAGUACAUUCGUGGGCAGAUAAACUGGGCAUGGAACUGUUUCAUUUGGGUGAUUUUAUAACACGUCGCAAAGAGGUUCAAGAGAGUUUUAAACAAGCCCAAGUUGUUUCAAGAGCGGGAGCUAAAAUAGUAGACAAUAUGGCUAAUGAAAUUAAAACAAUGAUGGAUUCAAAAAUAAGUGCUGUGCGCCGAAUAAUGGAUACUGCCGAAAAUACCGCCUUAACAUAUCAAAGUGAAAAGCCCGAUAAAAAUUUUUCAUAUUAUAAUGCUAAAGAAAUGAUUGAACCCCACGAACCAAUACCCACAGCGCCUCCAAGAGAUCUAGAAGAUGCGGGGGGACCAAAAAUUUUCGUUCAACCAAAAGAGAUUGUUCUAACACCCAAAGCUGAAUUUUUUAAUACACCUAUCAAUAUGAGUGUUAGCUCAGUGCAUGUGCCGACGAAUGUUUACGAUAGAGCAUCGGAUACGAUUAAAGCCAUUGAAUGGUCAGAGAAUUUGGAUCAAAUAUUUCGAGACAAUUAUAAAAAAGAUCCAACACUGUCGUGGCAAUUUUUUGGUAGUUCGACCGGCUUUAUGCGUCAAUUCCCGGCAUCGAAAUGGAAAGCGGAUCCGGUUGAUCUAUACGAUUGCCGGUUACGUUCAUGGUUUAUGGAAGCGGCGACAAGUCCAAAGGAUGUCAUUAUCCUAUUGGAUGGAUCAGGCUCUAUGACUGGGCAGAGGCUAGAUAUCGCAAAGCAUGUUGUAAAUACGAUACUCGAUACAUUAGGUACAAAUGACUUUGUGAACAUCUUCACCUUUAGCGAUAAAGUUAAGCCUGUUGUUGGAUGUUUUGAGGAUACUCUUGUUCAAGCAAAUCUUGGUAACAUUCGAGAGCUUAAAGAGGGAAUUGAGUUAGUUAAAACCGUGUCGAUCGCCAAUUUCUCCGCUGCAUUGACAAAAGCCUUUGAGGUUUUGGAACAAUUUAAAACGGAACAACAUGGUGCCCAGUGCAAUCAGGCAAUCAUGAUUGUCAGUGAUGGUGCACCAUUUAGUUAUGAAGAGAUCUUCGAAAUAUACAAUUGGCAAAAUUUACCCUAUAAACCGGUGCGCGUCUUUACGUAUUUAAUUGGCAAAGAGGUGGCGGAUGUUAAGGAUAUUAAAUGGAUGGCAUGUGCCAAUCAGGGCUACUAUGUGCACCUGAGCGAUACGGCGGAAGUGCGUGAAAUGGUUUUGAAUUAUAUACCAGUAAUGGCUAGACCAUUAGUAUUGGGUAGACAUGAUCAUCCAGUGGUAUGGACACAAGUAUAUGCUGAUGUUGUGGAUAUGGAAAUGUCAGAUUAUUUAUGGCAGUUAGAGCAAAAUGCAGAUCAAAAGGAAAAUAUUUUAGAAUAUCGUAAAGUAAGUUUCCGUAUGUUAGAUCCAGAUGAAGUGAGACGACGCGAAUACAGACGUAUGAAAAAGGCCUGGGAUCAACCUACCGAAUCGGACGAUUAUCAUUUUAUGACCACCAUUUCGAUGCCUGUUUACGAUCGCCGCGAGAAUGCGACAAAGAUUGCCAAUUUAUUGGGUGUUGCUGGAACCGAUGUACCCAUUAGAGAUAUAAAAAAAUUAUUAUCACCAUUUCUGUUGGGUGUAAAUGGUUAUGCUUUCAUUGUGACCAAUAAUGGUUACAUAUUAUUUCAUCCCGAUUUUCGUCCAAUCUUUCAACGUUACAUCUUAAAGCCUGCUUAUAACAGUGUUGAUAUGAUAGAAGUUGAAUUAUUGGAUGAUGAUCGACCACCCAGAGAUUUUAAUCCUGUGCUACUUACGAUACGAGAUUCCAUUAUAAAUCAAUCAACUGGUAGCAAAUGGAUGUUGGUUAAAAAUCAUUUCGAUGAAAUGAAACGUGUUGCUCGGGUAAAGCGCCAAUAUUAUUGGACUGCUAUACAAAAUACACCAUUCACUUUGGUUAUAACAUAUCCCGAGCUAUACGGUGUUUAUCGUCUUCAAAUACGCACGGAAGACGAAAUACACCGUAUGAAUAUUAAAGGCAGUAAUACGCUUAGCUACUUCACUGGCAAACGCUGGAAAAUUCAUCCAAAAUGGCUAUUUUGCAAACACAGCAAUAUGACGUUUGAAACCCCCGAAGAGGAACUAUUAUGGUUUUUGGGUAAAAUGUCACAGCCAGGAUGGAAAUGGCCAUCAAGUAGAAGUGCUCUGCCUCCAGAACAUACUGCUGCCAUGUACUGUGAUCGCCAACUGAUGCAGUCAUUGGUGUUUGAUGCCAGAGUUACAGAAUGGUUUUCGAAAAAUACAAGUUUCAACUCAAAAGACGAUAAAGGAAAUGAAUUUAAGCAACGUUUUGGUAUAACAGUGGCAUUUUUAGCCACUCACAGUGGUCUCACACGAUGGCAGGAAUUUCACUCGAAUAUGGCCGAAGAAUUAGGAGCGGGAGAAUCAUUUAGUGAACACAAUAAUAAGGCCAUUAAUGAAAUCUGGUAUAAACGUGCUGUCGAUCAACAUUUUGUACGAGAAGAAAGUUUCGUUUACUCUGUACCCUUUGAUGCCGGCGAAACUGCUGCUGAAACUCUUGUAACUGCCAGUCAUGCUGUCUUCCAUACCGAAGGAGGUAAAUCUGCUCCAGCUGCCGUAGUUGGUUUUCAAUUUCAACAUAGUGCUUUGCUAAAACUAUUUCGUAAUAUAACCGGCAAUGCUUGUGCUGUUGACGAUAAAGAUUGUUACGUUUUAGAUAAUAACGGUUUUAUAAUUAUAUCGCCAAGUCGUCAUGAAACCGGUAGGUUUUUUGGUGAAAUAAAUGGUGCCAUAAUGCAUCGUUUAGUGGAGGAAAAUGUUUAUAAACGUGUCACGGUUUAUGAUUAUCAAGCCGUUUGUUUUGUACCAGAUGGUGAAAAUAAUUCAUCUUCGAACGUUUUAACGCCUCUAUUCCACGUACUUAGAGCAUUUAAAUGGAUACUAACCACAAUUGUCCUGUAUCUGGUUGAAUUGAGUGCUGUGGCAGCUGAUUUCUUCGAACAUUAUGUGGACGAGAAUAUGACCGAUUAUAUGGUGAAUGUUAAAAAUAACGAAUGGGUUCGUUUGGUGACAUUACAAAGAACAAGACUGAAACCGUGUGACAUGCAACGUGAUCUUUACACGCUUUUUAACGAAAAGGACAAUGUUGUCUACAAUAUGACAGCGCACGGUUGUGAGCGGCCAUUUGUUGUUCUUCCCAUACCAGCAAGCAAUUUAAUUUUACUAGUUAUUGAUCAAAUGUGUCCGCGUGAUGCAACCCAUAUACUAACCGUAAAUCCAAUGGACAUUAACUAUCCGCUAGAGGAGAAUCAAACAUUGGCAUGUUUUAAAAGAGAUCAUGAAUUUACACGAGUACGUCCUAUUAGUUGUAUAAGCCGUCAUGUUAAUGAAAGCAAUAUAGAGUUAUGUGGCAAUGCUUCAAGUGUAUUAAUUAAUACAUUCCUAUUCUUAAUAACCAUAGGUUUAAAUCGUUUACUAUAACGUUAUUUUUUGUUAAAACAUUUUUGUUAAAUUCUGUUUAUCUUUGUUUGUUUCUGUUAAAUAUAUUAAAUUGUAAAUUUUGUAUGUACUUUAUGAAAUAUAUUUAUUAUUGAAAAUAAUGAUAUUAAUUUAAGUAUAGCAAAGAAAAUCUCAAAGGACCUUAAAAGACGAAACAUUUGUAAAUUGUAUUUAAUAUUUUCCAUCAAAUCGUUUAGCUUAAAUUACAUUUAAUAACAAUAUAAAACAAUUUAGCAUUUUUUACAAAACAAACUAAAAAUUGUACCUUUAAAAGAAAUCUAUAUAUGACGCAAUAUUACCACUAGUUUUA